AUGUAUGAUAUCUUCCAGAGACUCGACACUUCUUCGGGUCCCAGACCAGCUGAAAGUUUUACCAAGUUUGACUUUGGAGACAGGAGGACCUUUCCGAUGGGCCCUCCUUCAGAACUAUUAUCUCGCGUGCAGGCAUUUCUCCCUGAGAUCGCAGCCUCAAAUGCCGAUAUUGCUCGUCAGGCAGAGGAAGAUCCAAACGGCGUCGACAUCGAGCAUCUCGAGGACAGCGAGCAAUACAUCGAGAUGAACUUGGGUCUAGGAGUCUUCGAAACUCGCAAGCCUCCCGACGGUUCCGUGCCCAUGGACACGGAUGCUGAUGAAGAUAAAUCAUCCGAUUCUUCAUCGACGGACUCGGACUCAGACUCGGACUCAGACUCGGACUCGUCGGGCACGUCGUCAGGCAGCAGCUCAGAAGUAGACGCUGAGGACGACAUUGAGGCUGUCCUUCCCAGACCAAUGAAGCCGUUACCAAAACGGCGUAGGCUGCAGAUUGUGGUCCUCAACGAUUCGUGA